AAAACUGGACUUGCUAAUAUCAAAAAUGUAUAUAUACAUAAAACUGAGCCUGUGGGAUUUCAGACAUCUAUUCACACAGAAGUAAUAGUCCCUUUUGGGAUUGAGAACUCAAAGGACAGCCCUUGUUUACUUAGCGAUAUUGAAAUUACAUAUUCUGGAAAUUUAUACUACACAAUUGAGGUUCUAUCAAAAAAUCCCCUGCAUGAGCUUAAAUCUACAGAUGUAGAAAAGUCUGUGUUAAUACCUGGCUAUAGCAGCUUCCUGAUCAUGAGCAUUAAGGAUAAACGGACUGCUUCUGCCUUGGCUACUAUGCCUCAAUCAAUAAAAUCAAAACUGAGGUUUCUAACAGGUUCUUGGUUCUUAUACAACUUUGGCACGGCUGGAGGACGGAAAUGGAGCAUAAGUACAAGACAAUGUAAUUAUUGGAUUCAACAAGAUAGUCUUGAUUUUAUGUCCCUUAAUCUUGUGAAGUAUAUUGAUGUGGGAAACAAAAUAGAUUUUCAAUUUAAGAUUAUUCCAAAAGCUAUGUCAACAUUUCCUAUCCCUCCAGUCAGUAUGGUGGUUGGAAACCCAGGAUUGGUGGAAGUUAAGACACAAGGUGUUUUUGACCUCAAUGAAAAUUAUUAUCUAAAUAUUUACAUAUCUGGAAGAUUUUUUCAAAAAGGUUCCACUUCAAUAGCACUGGUUCUUUGGGAGGGAUCAAGUAUAUGCUAUGCUAUUACACUGCUGCCAACCAUAAAGAGCAGCUGCAGUUACCUCAGGACUAUGCACCACACUCCUGGCAGGCACAUACCACGUGAAGACUGGAUUAGUGGAGUUCACAAGGACAGUCGGGGUUUCAAUAUGAUCAAAACUCUGCCGAUAAACUACAGACCUCCAUCCCAUAUGGGAAUUUCUAUUCCACUCACAGAUAAUUUUUAUCAUGCAGACCCUAGCAAACCCAUACCGAGAAAUCAAUUUCACAAGUCAAAGGAAACUGGCAAAUACAAACAGUGUGCUAAUGUUACCAGUCGGGCCAUGUGCAACUGCUCAGAACAUCAAAAGUUUUCCCAUGCUGUUGCUUUCUCAGAUUGCAAAGAAAAGGUUCAUCGUUUCAAGUUUCCAGUCACACAAUACCCAGUUGUUUUGGAAAUUCUCAAUGAAAGAGAUAAAAUCUCCGCAGAACCUCCGUAUUUAGUUACCAUGACUGAAGUGAAUAUGAGGAAAAACUGGCAACUAAAACACAAUGAGCCAGAAAACGUUAAGAAAAUGAAGCACUACUUAGAGCCACUGCUUAAGACUCCAGUGUAUAAUCCUUUAGGUCUCAACCUAACCAUACAGGGCUCUGAACUGUUUCACUUCAAGGUGUCUGUGGUUCCUGGAGUCAGCUUUUGUGACUUAAAUGAAGAAUUUCAGAUUUAUGUCGAUGAAGUUCCAUUGCCUUUUCCAGGACACACACUAAUAGCUGUUGCAACAUCUGUAGUGCUAGGAAUAUUAAUUUUUAUAGCAUUUGUAUUCCAACUGCGUAACAUCCACCCACUGAAGGCAUUGAAGAAAUUUAUUAGGGGAAAUCCUGGAUUCACCUCAAGUACAACUGUUAGCUCAUAAUUUAAGUCUGUAUAAUAACCAAUGAUAACUGAUUAUCUUUGAAUCCUAGUUCCAUUAAACAUGUUCAUAUAACAUACUUAUAUUUUUUAAAUGUGCAAAUGCUAUAUGAUUAUUAUACUAUUAUAAUUCUAGUUUCUGACAGUCAGUAGCUUCACAUUACAUUUUCUUAUUUUUAAAAUACAUAAAAGAUUGUUUCAACACUUACAUGGAAUGGGUGU